ACAUGGCAGCGUCCAUUGAAGAAAAACGUAUCACGAAUUUUGCUCGGCAAAACUUUAUUAAACUUUUCGGUAAUGGAGAUAUAUGUGCAGUUGCUGCGCCCGGCCGGGUAAAUCUGAUUGGAGAGCACACAGACUACAAUGCAGGCUUCGUUUUGCCCAUGGCUCUACCUCUUGUCACAGUCAUGGUAGGUAGACAAACCAACUCUAACAUUUGCCGUAUCAGCACACUAGCAGAAAAUGUUGAUCAACCAAGAACGAUUGAAUUACAAUUACCUUCGGAAAAAGAUCAGCUGGCACCAGGAGAACCGUCUUGGGCAAACUAUGUGAAAGGUGUCAUGGCAAAUUACAAAGGCAAGCUGUGUUCAUUCGAUGCAGUGAUUGCAUCUUCGGUGCCAGUUGGAGGCGGAGUUUCCAGUUCUGCCGCACUAGAGGUCGCCACUUACAUGUUCCUCGAUCAGAUUUCACAGGAUAAUGGGAAUUUCAGCUUGAAAGAUAAGGCACUUGCUUGUCAGAAAGCAGAGCAUGACUUUGCUAGCAUGCCCUGUGGGAUUAUGGACCAGUUUGUGUCAUUCAUGGCUAAAGAAGGACAUGCUCUUUUUAUUGAUUGUAGGUCAAUGGAAUCUAAGUUGGUUCCAAUGAACGACCCUGGGCUAUCAGUCCUUGUUACAAACUCCAAUGUUCGACAUGAGCUCACUGGGAGUGAAUACCCCACGAGGAGGCGGCAAUGUGAGGAAGCUGCCCAUGCACUCGGUAAAACAAGUCUGAGGGAUGCAACCAUCAAGGAGCUAGAAGGGCACAAGCACGAGUUGUUUGAUGAGGUCUACCGUCGUGCCAGGCACGUCAUCGGCGAGAUUCAAAGAACCGAAGAAUCCGUGCUUGCUCUCGAGAACGGCGACUAUACGUGCUUCGGCAAGUUGAUGAUUGCCAGCCAUAAUUCUCUCAGGGAUGAUUUUCAGGUGUCCUGUGUGGAGCUCGAUGAACUGGUCGACAUUGCCUUAUCCGUGAAGGGGGUGUACGGUUCUCGCAUGACGGGGGGUGGGUUCGGGGGAUGCACGGUCACUCUGCUAAAGACUGAAGCCAUAAACCAUCUCCAAGAUGCCAUCAAGAUUAAAUACAGUGGCAGUGCGACAUGCUAUAUCUGCACACCUUGUGAUGGAGCUAGGAGAGUCAGACUGGACUGAGAACUGAACCUAUAUUAAAGUUGUUUAGUUUUUGUAUGAAUUGUAUUCAGACUGAAUGAGAUUACAGUAUUAGUGGCAAAUAGUGAUUCCAUUUAUGGCAUUUUUUUUAUUCCAUGUAUGACAUUUUUGGUAUGAAUUGUAUUUAGACUGAAUGAGAUUACAGUAUUAGUGCCAAAUAGUGAUUCCAUUUAUGACCAAUGCAAGAUCAGAAUUAUAUUUGUGAAUCAAAAUUUUUAUUACAAGUUAGUCUGGAAUUGUUAGGUUAACUUUGUUGUAUAAUCAUUGAAAUGUACACCUAAAUAAUAUGAUAGAAACAUGUCAUAUAAAUAUAUAUGUAAAGGUGAGCACAGGAAAGAGUUAAAAAAAUAUCAUUGAAUUCUUGCGAUAAGAUUCUAUGUUUUACUUAUGUACACUGUAGAAAAAUAUUACAAAUAAAGUUAAUAUUUUACAAUUUUCAUAUAAAAUAAAUUAUAUAAUUUCUCUACUAUAUACACUCAGUAUUCUGUGAGUCUACUUAAAAAUAAUCAUUAAAAAAAAUUUCCACUACUACGAGAAAGUUUGAAAAAUAUCGCAGCUUUAAAAGUACAGCACCA